AAACACCGGAACGGAUCGUCCGACAAGACCCCCGAACUUUCACUUUCCUUUGUUGUGAUAUUUCCAAUUCCGAUCACCAAAGCCACAGCAUUCUGCAAUGGAACUCUACCUCGUCCUCUUCCUCAUCUCCCUCCUCCUCUUCCUCAAACCCUUCCUCCUCCCAUCUAAACCCAGGAACCUCCCCCCCGGCCCGGCCGGCCUCCCCUUCCUCGGCUCGCUCCUCCAGCUCGGCGCCCGGCCCCAUGAAUCCCUCUUCAACAUGGCCAGGCGCCACGGCCAAGUCAUGACCCUCCGCCUUGGCUUGGUGACCAGCGUCGUGGUCUCGUCCCCGGAGGCCGCCCGGGAGACCCUUCAGAAGCACGAUGAGAACUUCUCCGACCGGGCGGUCCCCGACGUGAUCACCGCGCAGCCGAACCCGGAGUUCACCCUCGCAUGGGUCCCGGGCGACCAGCGGUGGCGGGCACGGCGCCGCGUGUGCAGCACCCAGAUGUUCACCGCCCAGCGCCUGGACGCCCUCCAGCACCUGCGCCACCAGAAGGUCCACCAACUCGUCACCCACAUCAAGAAAUCCUGCGAUCCGGGCAGAGAGGUCGACAUAGGCCAAUUGGCCUUCGCCACGACUUUGAACCUCAUGUCGAGCACCAUGUUCUCGAUUGACAUCGUCGACCCGGAAUUCCAAACGGCUCAGGAGUUCAAGGACCUGGUGUGGAGGAUCAUGGAGGAUGCCGGGAAGCCGAACCCGUCCGACUAUUUCCCUGCGGUCAGGCGGUUCGAUCUGCUAGGCGUGAAGCGGCACAUCCAGCCGGCCUACAUGAGGUUGCACGAGAUAUUCGACGAGAUCAUCGACAAGCGUUUGAAAGAAAGGGCGACGGGCUCGCCGGGAUCGUCGAAGAGCGGCGAUUUCUUGGAUGUGCUUCUGGAUCAGUGCGAAGAGGAGGGGUCCGAGUUUACCCGACAAAGCAUCAAGCCAGUGAUCCUGGAUCUAUUCAUCGCCGGAAGCGACACAUCUGCGCUCACAACGGAAUGGGCGAUGGCGGAACUCCUACACAAUCCGAGCCUCCUCCAAAGAUCAAGAGAUGAACUCACUGCGGCCAUUGGCACCGAAAGGCCGGUUCAAGAGUCGGACACCCGCCACCUCCCGUAUCUCCAAGCCAUCGUCAAGGAGACGCUCCGUCUGCACCCGGCGGUGCCUCUCCUCCUCCCUUACAAAUCCAAGAAUGACGCGGAAGUGUGCGGGUACGUCAUCCCGAAAGGCAUGCAAGUCCUGGUGAACGCAUGGGCCAUAGGGCGGGACCCGAGCUAUUGGGAAGACCCAUUGUCGUUUACGCCCGAGCGGUUCCUGGGGUCGAACGUGGAUUACAAAGGCAGGGAUUUCGAGUAUAUCCCGUUCGGUGCAGGCCGGAGGAUCUGCCCCGGAUUGCCGCUCGCUAUCCGGAUGGUUCAUCUCAUGGUGGCUUCGCUGGUUCAAUCUUUUAAUUGGAAACUUCCUGAGGGAAUGGCGCCCGAGAGUUUGGAUAUGCAAGAGCAAUUUGGUGUUACAUUGAGAAAGGCCACACCUUUAAGAGCAAUUCCUAGUUUGGUUUGAAAAGGAAGUUGUUGUGAUUGAUCCUUGAUGACUUGAUUUGGCGUUUCGAAGAGAUUUUAAAGGACCGUUUGUGCUUCCAAUGCUUCAAUCAACUAUGAUUCACUUGUUUAAA